CGGUGUCGGGCCACAUUCAUUAUUUACAUGAAUUUUUAUGCUCAUGACUUGUAUUCGAUGAUCUGCUCUAAACUAAAUUUACUCAUUUGCAAGUGGAAAUGGUUCGAGUUAACAGCUUGAUGGCCACUCCAGAGGCAGUUAAGACACCACACCGUAUUGAAUUAUGUGAAGGCAAAAUUUCCAAGCCAAAAAAGACUAUUCGAAAACGCAGGAUUAUAGCAACAACUCCUAAUAAGACUGAAAAUGAGGUAUUAAACUCUGAACUACUACCAAAGAAAGGAACAAAAUCAAAGCCGUUGAAGAGUUCGAAUGGUAUUGAUAUUAUGACUCAUGGAAAUAUUUCACGAUCAAGAGCAGCCCGUGCAGCAGCUCAAUUCACAGAAAGCCACAAACUUACAGAGUAUUUCAAAGAGGAAGAAAAGACUAAAUUAGUGCCUCCUCCUUCACCUAAAUUACUCAGUAAACCUGUUAAAGUUGAACUCAAGAAUAUUAACAAUAAUAAUCAUAAACUAACAGAAUACUUUCCUGUUCGACGAAGUGUUAGGAAAACAUCAAAAUGUGUUAUGGCAGAAAAGAUGAGGGAUUUGGAGAGGGCUGUGAGAGAGCAGAGAGAAGAUGGUCUUCAGGUGGCAUACUUUGAAGGAAAAGGACGUGGUGUAAUAGCAACAAGUUCCUUUAGCCGUGGACAGUUUGUUGUGGAAUAUUCGGGAGAGUUAGUUGGAGUGGCUGAAGCGAGGGAAAGGGAACAGAAAUAUGCACAAGAUCCCAAUGCUGGCUGCUACAUGUAUUAUUUUAGAUUGCAAGACCAACAGUAUUGUAUCGACGCGACCGCUGAAUCUGGUCGUAUUGGCCGUUUGGUGAAUCAUUCACGGAACGGCAACUUGUGCACCAAGGCGUUGUGGGUGGACGGACCCCGGCUGGUGCUCCUUGCGGCUCACGACAUAUCGCCCGGCGAGGAGCUCACAUAUGACUACGGGGACCGCUCCAAGGAGUCGCUGCGUCAUCAUCCAUGGCUUGCACUUUGACCUGGGUUUCUUCCCGUCAUCUUCUGGAGUUUCAAUAAACAUAUAUUAUUAUUUAAAUGUUAGCUGUUAAUGUUUGUUGUAAUUUUGUAAGAUUAGAGAAUGUUAUGUAACAUUGCUUGGAAUCAUUAGGUAAUCGCGCCUUAUAGAAUAAGUCACAAAAUGAUGUCUUAAAGUGAAUACUAAUAUCAUUGUUAUGACUUGAGAUUCUGUCUGUUAUUAAUGUGCAUUUUAACGUUAUUGCAUGAACAUUCGGUUAUUUACUAAAGUGCUCAGCAGACUUGAUUACGGUUCUAAGUCGUGGCAAUAAAACGGCCUAGUUUACCGUUACCGCGAUUAUAAAUAAACAUACAAAAUCCAUGGUGUUAUCUUAAAGUAGCGAUGCAAGUACGGCGGCACGUUGAAGCCAAGUGUGUUCGCUCACACGCGUUUAUGUUAGCGGUACUGAGCCGAGUGUAUCUAUGGAAUUCUGUUGUCUAUGAGUCGACCAGAGAACCGUCAACUGCUGUCAGUCACCGAAACAGUUCAUGUUACCUAUGUCACGCCACGCAUAGCAAAUGUGUACUAAUAUAAAACUACCGGCAAGAUGGAUCAUUAAAUGGAUUGAAUAGUAAAAAAUAUCGCAUUUUUUCUAUAUAGGAAAAUGUUAUUUUUAUAAACUUUUAACUGCUAUAACUAUAAUUUGGUAGUUAACUUUAUAAAGGCUUAGAAAUUGAGACGACCCUAAUCUGUUGUAGUAACGAGCGCUUCAACUGUCAGUCAGAUUCUCCGCAUGAUGGUACAAGAUACCACUCCUCGAUUCUGCAGGUACCUACGUAAUGUAUUAGGGGUAGGUUGCCUGUAAAAAAUUGGCGGCAAGAAUCCUUAAUUUAUUAUAUCAUCUGGUGUUAAGUGACCUCGUGAUUUUGUAUUAAAAUUAAAAAAAAAAACAUGACUGUAAGUUAUCAACAAAAAUGUACAUGUUUACACAUGGCAACCCUUAGGUUGCGGCUGACAGAGCUAGCAAGCAUACUAUUUUCAAUUGUUUACUUUACUUUAUUAAAAGACAUAGGUGCAAUUUUCACCAGAAAAUUAAUUAUUAUACACAAUUUAAAAUUAAUUUUAUCAAAAAAAUUCGAGCCUGAAGAAUCGAGCGGUGGGAUUUAGGCUAUUAGUUUCACAGCAAAAAAAUAUUUCAUCGGAUUCUCGCAUUACGGAAUUGUUACAUCGGUUUAGCGUAAAGGUUGCAAAGGUUGGUACCAAAAAUAUAGGAAAUUUUUAGCAUAUUAGUAACAAACUCAAUCUUACCUAUAAUAUACCAGGUAUCAGUGAGACUUGAGGGCUUUCAUUAUAACGCCUUUGUACAAAAUUAUAUGAAAAAGUAUUUUGUACAAACUGAAUUGGUAGUUAAUAUUAAUUUUAGGAUGUUACUCAAAUUAUGUUAGACUCAAACUCGAAUAGUAUAUAAUAUGUUUUUUAACUUUUAUAUAGCCUCAAUUAAAUAUUUUCUAUGCCACUCAGUAGUAAUACUUAGUAGAGAUUUGAUUUAAAUAGGUUAUUGUUGAAUAAUUCUGUUAGUUAUACCUUGAUUGUGUAGAGAGGGGGUGUGACGUCACAGGCGAGUUGUUCAGGUGAACCUCGAACUGAUAUACUGCCUUUAACACAUGUGUACCACUAAUACUAUGACUUACUAAAAAUCAAAAUUAAUAUAAAUAUAAGUCACGCCUCUCUUCCGAGAGACGCUUUUUCGCUCCCCGCCCGCCGAAGUCAUAUCUACCAUUAUUAGACGCUUUUUUAUGAUAAUAUGGGACGAGACGAACAUGACGUUCAGGUGAUGGUAAUUGAUACGCACUGCCCAUUACAAUGCAGUGCCGUUCAGGAUUCCUGAAAAACCCAAAUAUUCUGAGUGGCACUACAAUUGCGAUCGUCUCCUUGAGGCAUAAGAUGUUAAGUCUGGGCAAGGGGCCCAGUAAUGUGUACACAUUAUUGCUUCACGGCAGAAAUAGGCGCCGUUGUGGUACCCAUAAUCUAGCCGACACCCUGUGCAAAGGAGCCUCCCACGGUCUUACGGCGAUGAAAAAUAUCGACCUAAACAUCUGCGAAAAUUUUUUUUUUUUGUAAAAUUAAACACUGUGGGCUGUAUUGACGCACAAUAAACUUAAUGUCUAAAGCCCUCGACUUUAUGAUAUGAUUUUAAAAUGCUCACACAAGCAUGUUUAUUAAGUUAUUUUAAUACAUCUUGUACAGAAAUAACCAAGAAUGGGUAUUGAUGUUUCAAAGAGUUGAAAAAAAAUACUCAUAUCAACUCUCUCUUCUUUUUCUUCUCAUACUCCUUUUUUUUUCUUUAUCGGGCCAUGACUAGUUGCAAGUUAUAACUAAUUUAUAUAAAACAAAUAACUGCUCAUCCUGCAGUUACGCCUAGAUAGAUGAAGGUAUAGAACGGUGUUGGUUAUGAUUAUGUGAUUGAAAUAGUUUUUGGGACAUAUUUCAUCCGUCCAGUUGAACAUUUUUUCUUUUAUACUAUAUAUUAACAAGCAAUAGUACCUAAGAUUAUUUUUUAUACCUAUAGGAACAUGUCUUAAGUUCAGCAAGUCCUUGUUUUUGGUGAAUGAUUUUCACAACUUUAAUUGACCUAUUACUUCUCGAUAUUUCUAAAUAUCAGUAUUGAUUCUUACUUGGACGUAAUUCGUGAAAAACGUUCCAAACUACAACCAUGUCGAAAUUGAGUUAAGAACACAAAACUGGUCACGUGAUUCAUAUUAACGGACUGACAAAAAAAUGGCAGCCCUACUGUCACUCCUUAAAUGACAUCAUGACUUAGUAGCCCAACCCAUACGAGCUGUACUGUAAUACGAGGCAUCUAUCUUCUAAACUCUGUACUUGAGGUAGCACCACAGUGUGAUCUAUUUGCCAGCUCGAUGGAAUGUUUGGUCAAAGAAUGCAAGAAAAGAUUUGAGAGUUUGAUGCCUGUAAGCUCUAUAAAAUAACUAGUUUAUAAUUUUCAUUGUUUGUUUUUUCUUUAGUAUAAUAUCUUUGUAACGCUUUAAUCUGUAACGUUAUAUUGUAUCUUUGAUAAAUAAAUAAAUAAACCCAAUGCGUGGAAUACACUAAUAUUUAUUAAACUUAAACACGAAUUCCUUAAAAUGUGAUGUUUUUGGCUUGGAACGUUUUUCAGGAACUACGUCCACUUAACAAGAAGAAUAUGUAAGUAAAUAUUACGAGAGUUUUUAUAUAAGUGUAAUUGAUAUUGUUACGUGAUUCCGUGACAGUAUUAGCUGCUCGACCAAAAUAUUAUUUUUAAUGAAUUAACAUUUUCUAAUUGGAAAAUAUCGACGAGUUGCAUUAUUUAUAUACUAGUUAAAAGUCACGUAUUUAAAAUCAGUUGAACUAUUUAAAAUGGAAUGUAUAGGUAACAUUGAAAUUUAUUUAUUUUCAACGGGGCAAUAAUUACAAAAAAUUAAGCUUGUUCUCCCGGGCGCUCAAAUAACAAUAUGUUUAAUAUCUCACUCACAAUUAACCCGACACCAUAAUCUAUGUUAUUUUUUACUCUAUUGCCCUUAGACAAUAAUUUGAGUUCAUUUGAGCAGGUCUAUCAUAUCUAAAUAAUUGUAUUAACGGCCCCCACUGAUUACUAUCUCAGCAUAGUUUCUUUCAAUAAAAAUACGAUAAAUUUUUCAUCAUAGUAUUAUAUUUGUAAUUGGUAAAUCAUUAUUUCGUAGUUAAGUAGGUAUCAAAGAUGUUUGCAAUUCUAAUGUUGCAAAAAUAUUAUUUAUAUAAAAAGCUCUCACCUAAAGCUGUCUAAGGAUACUUACUCAUAACUAAAUUUAUUUUUAUUGUGAUUUUAUGGAAAUCAGUUAAAUCAUAUUUGUAUUAAUAAACUCAGAGAGAAUGGAUAUUUAAGCUUUAUAAAUUAUUUGGUGAAUAUAUAUGCACGAGAUGUGAACAUGAAAUUAUUGUUAUGUACAUAGUUCUGUCGUGCUGGCAGCCCCCCCGCUUUAGGUGUGAUUAAUAAUAAUAUUAUUGUGAUUGUCGUUUCGACAAAUUGCAAUAGUGACUUAACAUAAUUUUCAAUUUAAUAAAAAUAUUGUAAUUGGCAAUUUUUAGAAGACUUCAUGAACGGACAAUUGUCGAAACGACCAUCAUAGUUAAAUGCGAAUUUUUUAAACGAAAACAGACCUUCCUUAAUUGUUAAGUAUUCACUGAACGUAACAAAUGUUCAGUAUUUGUUUUCGGUAGUUCCUACAGCUGAGUAAUAGUUUAAAGAAUACUUGUUAAUGGUUAAGUUCGUGUAUUUUGACAGUUUGUACAAGUUAUAAUAAUGUAAGCUUGUUGUAGGCUAAUAAUCAAAGUUGUAACUUAAUAAUCUCAAUAUUUUUUGUGCGAAAUAGAUUAAUAUAUUUUGAAACAAUU